AUGGCUGUUGGAAAGAACAAGAGAUUGUCCAAGGGCAAGAAGGGUCUCAAGAAGAAGACCGUGGACCCCUUCUCCCGCAAGGAUUGGUACCAGAUCAAGGCCCCGGCCCCCUUCAACAUCAGAGAUGUCGGCAAGACCCUGGUCAACAGAACCACCGGUCUGAAGAACGCCAACGAUGCCCUGAAGGGCCGUAUCUUGGAGGUCUCUCUGGCGGAUCUCCAGAAGGACGAGGACCACGCUUUCCGCAAGGUUAAGCUCCGCGUCGACGAGGUCCAGGGCAAGAACUGCCUGACCAACUUCCACGGCCUCGACUUCACCUCCGAUAAGCUCCGCUCCCUCGUCCGCAAGUGGCAGACCCUCAUUGAGGCCAACGUCACUGUCAAGACCACCGACGACUACCUCCUCAGACUCUUCGCCAUCGCUUUCACAAAGCGCCGCCCCAACCAGAUCAAGAAGACGACAUACGCUGCUUCUUCGCAAAUCCGUGCCAUUCGCCGCAAGAUGACCGAGAUCAUCCAGCGUGAGGCUUCCACCUGCACCCUCACCCAGCUUACCUCCAAGCUCAUCCCCGAGGUUAUCGGCCGUGAGAUUGAGAAGUCCACCCAGGGCAUCUACCCCCUCCAGAACGUCCACAUCCGCAAGGUCAAGCUCCUCAAGCAGCCCAAGUUCGACCUUGGUGCCCUGAUGGGUCUCCACGGCGAGUCUGGCACCGACGACCAGGGACAGAAGGUUGAGCGUGAGUUCAAGGAGCGCGUUCUUGAAGAAGUCUAA